AUGGCCAUCAUCUUUCGUCAAGGAGCUCCAGCUAUUGACUAUUACUCGCAGAGCACGCAACCACCUCAAACCGAUUCUUUAAUAUCACCUUCUGAUAUAUGGGACUCAAACAGUCAUAGCGACUCGAUCUUUACCAGAGCAGAAUCUUCCGACUCGAGCUUCGCAUCACCAACCGAGCCAGAAGAUAACAUAUUCUCAAGUAAAAAUUACAACUUACCACGGAACAACAUCGAAGUGGAUAUCAAAUCAGAGGAAGCAUUCAACUUUGGAUCGUUUGAGGACUGGAUGCGUUGGGACGAUCCUAGUGACGCUGCGCUGUCACCUGAACUUGAGUUUAUGCCAGAAUUGAAGACGGAGCCAUUGUCCUCUACUCUAGCGUAUCCAGAGUUCUCCGGUGAUAGCAAUUCAAGAAUGACUAUCAAUAACAGAGAGGACUCGGUAGAAUUUGGCAGAGACGCUUUGUCCGAAGAACCAAGUUUCCCGUCCUCUGAAACUCAGAACUCGCCAGGCGAAAAUCUGUACUCGACUCCUCUUUCCUGGUCACAGCCUCUUCCAGGGACAGAAUCACGAGUGCCAUUUGGAAACUAUCUCAGCCCACAACAAGAAGCACGACUGCGUGACAUCGCUAUGCCACCUUCUCGUACUCGCGCUGUAAACCAGUAUCCCGGCUCUCCAUCGUCAGAUGACAUGGGCAUGGACAAUCUUCGCAAACGAAAAAGCAGCGUGGAUGAAGACGACGAUGAUGAUACCCCUCUUCCACAAAGCUCGAGCAGCAAGCACCCACCCGUAAAGAAGACAGCGCAUAACAUGAUCGAGAAACGCUACCGUACGAAUCUGAAUGACAAAAUCGCUGCGUUGCGAGACUCUGUACCUUCAUUACGGGUAAUGAGUCGAAAAAACUCAAAUGGCGAGGAAAUACAUGAAGAUCUUCAAGGGCUCACUCCAGCUCAUAAACUCAACAAGGCAACAGUCUUAUCCAAAGCCACAGAAUACAUCGCCCAUCUCGAAAAACGGAAUAAAUACCUCACUCGGGAAAACGCAUCGCUGAAAUCCCGCAUCGACGCCUUUGAAAUCCUAGUCAUGGCACGCCAGCAAUCUCUCAACCCGACGAACAAUCCAAUGAACGAUUCUAUGGCCGGGAGAUCCCGUGAUUCGGGGUACAUGAUGUGA